GUGAUUUGUUGGUUAUGUUUUUGUAUGCAAUUAUUUUAUUUUCUUACUCAAAAAAAUCUCAAACAAUAAUAAUAUGGACGAGUCAGAUGCAUAAAGUUUAAAUAGUUUUCUUUAACUUGUGUACAUUUAAUAGUAAAGUUUUCACUAAAAGUAUGUUUUUUGUUCAUUAAUUAAACGUAACUUUAUUUUAUAUUGAAUUUAUAGUUUUGUAGAAAAUAAAUAUGAUUGAAGUAAGUGAUGAAUCUUUAGAAAGCUCUGACGAAGACAUUUAUACAAAUGCAGUCGCUAGAUUUAAAGCUGCAAAAAAAAAGGAACGAUUCAAAUCCAGGAAAAUUGAAAAUGAUCUACAAAAUACUGAUGACGUUCCUCCAAUAGAAAUUGCUCCUGAUGAAGGAACUACAAAUACUAAAGAAACUGAACAACCAAAUUUAUUAAUCUUCGAUAAAAUAGAAGUAGAUGAUGAUUCUAACUCAGAUUCGAAUUCGCUGAUUAGUGAAACGAAUGACAGUGAUUUAGAGAUAACAGGCGUAACUAGAGAUGUAUCAAUGACUCAGACUGAUUGUAUUGUUGUUAAUAACGAUGAAAAUGAAAUAUCAAUUGGAGCUGAUCUCUCAAGAACUGAUUCUAUAGAUAAUGAAAACUAUAAAACUGAAGUAAAAGUUUUGUGGAGAUCACACAAACUUGUUCAUUUAGAAAUGGAUAUGCACGAACCUUUUCAAAAUGCAUUUCAGCAUUUUGAAAAAUUAGAGAAUGUGCCUAUCGAGCGAAUAUUACUAUUACGAAAAGAUAAACCAAUACGGCCAGAAGAUACGCCUGCUUCUCUUGGAAUAUCUGUAUUAGAUAUAAUUGAUGGUGGUGUUAUUGACGUGGAGUUUGCUAACGAGCAAGGCAAAGGAAAUAACGAGGAAAAUGAAGAUACGUGUAAAAUAAAAAUACAAAUGUCACAAAAGGAAUCCAUAAUGGUUAAUUUACAAAAAAAUCAACCAUUUAAAUGCAUCAUUCAUCAAUGUGCAACACAAUUAAAUGUUCCUGCUUCAAAAAUUAAAUUUUAUUUUGAUGGUGAUUUAAUUGAUUUAAGUGAUACGCCAGAGUCUUUAGAUUUUGAAAAUGAAGCAUGUAUUGAUUUGAAACUAUCAGCUUAGGUAUUCUUUCAAAAUUAUAAUUCAUAAAAAUUAAUAUGUACAUUUUUUCGUUAAUAUCUUAAUUCAUUUUAUUUUUAAAAUUGUCUUAUCUUAUAUAUAAAUGUUUCUUUUUUGCAAAAAUAAUAAAUUAUUUAUUUUUUCAUUUUUAAUUAAAA